GACAUAUUUCUUGUUUAUUACUUAGUUAAUUACUACAACCACAUAGGAAUGGAUGAUGAUGCACCAGAUGAGGCCUUUGCUGAGCUCAAGACCAGGCAUAUCGGAGGGUGGGGUGUUGCUCAGUUAGCCGCUGGCACUGGGCUUGCUGUAUACGCUAUGUGGGUGGGAAUCCUCCAGCCUGGCUUCCGAAAAGUACCUUUGAAGCUACAGGUCCCGUACAUUCCUGCCAGCAAAGCUCAAGUAGACAAUGUAAUGACAUUGCUGAGAGGUCGAAAAGGAGGCCUUGUAGAUUUGGGAUCUGGUGAUGGCCGCAUUGUCUUGGAAGCCCAUCAGCAGGGUUUCACUCCUGCUGUUGGUUAUGAGCUCAACCCAUGGCUUGUUCGCCUGGCCCGCUUUCAUGCAUGGAGAGCAGGCCAUCAUGAAAAAGUUUCAUACCGACGAGAGGAUCUCUGGAAGGUCGACUUGACAGGAUGCAAGAACAUCACAGUGUUUUUGGCUCCUAGUGUGCUUUCGUUACUGCAACAGAAGUUGCAGGCUGAGCUUCCUGAUGAUGCCUUAGUGGUAGCUGGUCGUUUUCCCUUACCUGACUGGACACCCUGCAGGAUUGAGGGACAUGGUGUGGACAGAGCCUGGGCAUAUACCAUGCAAGCACAAAGACUGCACACCUUCAAAAAAAAUGACACAGUUACGGAUAGCGACAGUAAACUAACUAAGGAGAAAGAAUCCACUUGAAGCUACAUGGUUGUUUGUAGUGUUUUGCCCUCUUGAAUGGUACUAUGGAAUUCUACUGAAUAUCAUUAACAUGCUGCUUAUGAGAUAUGUAAAUAUCCUUCACUGGAAUAUUGAGGAUUUUGAACCUAACUGGACUGUCUGAAUACAUUUUGACUACAUCUACAACCACAUGUGUCUGACAAAAUAUUGUGGUGCAGACAUGGCAGCAUACAGCGAUGAGCAAACAUCCAUCCAUUAUCUAUACACCGCUGAAUCCUUUGCAGGGUCUCGGGGGGGCUGGAGCCUAUCCCAUCUCUCGGGCGAAGGCAAGGGACACCCUGGGAAGGUCGCCAGCCUACC